UAGCACUCGUGUGCUCCUCUGGCCAUAUCAAGCAGGCACAUGACUCCAAAACCCUGGAACAAAUCUGCAGUUACACAAAUGCUACAUCCAGGGCGGCUUUGGUUUCCAUGACGACCGACCUGACCAACCUGCUGCAAAGGCCGAUUUCUCUCAGUCGUAAAACUUGUGUGGAGUUGUGCGGCUGUCUGCUUCACAUCCGUGAUCCGCAGGUCAGCGAUGCAUCUCACUCAGCAUGAACAAAAGGUAGACAUUGUGUUGAGGAACCAAGGAGCAACAGACUUGACUUUGGAAAUUUCAGACAGCCCUGAAAAGACCAUCAACGCUGAACCCUCUACGGACAGUUUGGAAGAAGUUCUGGACCAAAAGCUUGAAAGUGGUCUUAUCUACUCUAUCAAUGAUCGCCCGCCCUGGUACCUCUGCAUUCUUCUGGGUUUCCAGCAUUACAUCCUGGCAUUUGGAGGCAUCUUGGCCAUUCCCCUCAUCCUAGCUGAGCCAUUAUGUAUCAAAGACAACAACGCUGCCAAAAGUCAACUCAUCUCCACCAUCUUCUUCGUUUCUGGCCUGUGCACUGUCCUACAGACUACCUUUGGGACCAGAUUGCCCAUUCUGCAAGGGGGGACGUUCACUUUCAUCACACCCACCCUGGCAAUCCUCGCGCUACCCAAGUGGAGAUGCCCAGACGCCAACGCCACACCCCACCUCAAUGCCACCGAUUCUUUCACAGACAGCGACGAGACAUGGAAACCCCGCAUUCGUGAGAUUCAGGGAGCCAUUCUAGUGGCCUCGAUGCUUCAGCUUGUUCUGGGCAUGUCCGGUCUCGUGGGGAUGGUUCUGAGGUUCAUCGGGCCCCUGGCCAUUGCUCCCACCAUCACCCUCAUCGGACUGUCCCUCUUCAUCCAGGCCGGACAAAAGUCAGGGGCUCACUGGGGAAUUGCUGCUCUAACCGUUUGCCUCAUUCUUCUUUUCUCUCAGUAUCUGAGCAAAGUUAAUGUUCCUCUCAUUGCUUAUAAGGACAAGAAGUGGAAAGUGUUUCAGUAUCCACUUUUCAAACUCUUUUCUGCUUUAUUUGGGAUGUGUGGAGCCUGGCUUAUUUGCUUUCUGCUGACAUAUUUCAACGUCCUGCCAUCCUCGCCAAAGGAGUACGGUUAUAUGGCCAGGACAGACAUAAGUCUCAAAGCAGUAACAAGUGCUGCAUGGUUUUAUGUGCCGUAUCCAGGUCAGUGGGGUUUACCUACUGUCAGUCUGUCAUCUGUACUGGGCAUGAUGGCUGGGGUACUGGCCUCCACAAUGGAGUCUAUUGGAGACUAUUAUGCUUGUGCCCGUCUCUCUGGUGCUCCCCCACCACCCACCCACGCUAUUAACCGAGGCAUUGCAGUCGAAGGCAUCGGCUGCAUGUUGGCUGCUCUGUGGGGCAGUGGAAAUGGCACCACCUCCUACAGCCAAAAUAUCGCCGCUCUGGGAAUUACAAGGGUUGGCAGCAGAUUGGUACUUCAGACAGCUGGACUGCUAAUGAUCUUUCUGGGACUCUUUGGGAAAUUCAGUGCAGUCUUUAUAACUAUUCCAGACCCAGUCAUUGGAGGAAUGUUCUUGAUCAUGUUUGGGAUGAUAGCUGCAGUGGGAAUCUCCAACCUUCAGUAUGUGGACUUGAACUCCUCCAGAAAUCUCCUAAUUUUAGGCUUUUCAACCUUCAGUGGCCUUGUGCUUCCAACAUGGUUUCAUUCAAACCCAGGCAUGAUAAACACAGGCAUAAAAGAGCUUGAUCAGCUAAUUAUGAUUCUUUCCACAACCCACAUGUUCAUUGGUGGAUUCCUAGGGUUUGUUUUGGAUAACACAAUACCAGGAACCGAUGAAGAAAGAGGAAUCAAGAGUUGGAGGAAGGCAGUUCAUGACGGGACACAAACACACUCCACUGAUCUUUCCUGUUACGAUCUGCCUUUCUGCACAAACUUUGUUCAAAGGUUCAAACUACUUCAGUACUUCCCAUUUCUGCCAUCACUUAAAUCACGAGAGCAGGUAACGCAUCUGUAGUGACACUUAAGUUUUUGAAUGGCACAUUCCGGAAAAGUUUCCCACAUGAGAAGAAUUCAUUCAGGCUUGACUUCGUGGAGUGAGGGCCUGCUCAUGGUUAGUCUCUAAACUUGUUUAUUAUUUGUGCAUUUGCUGUUGGUGAUACCAAUAGUGCAGAAAUGUUUCAUUAUAUACUCAUUACUGUAUGUAUGCUGGUAAUAUGACACUUUAUUCUGGUAAUGAUGAGCAAUCUGAUUUUGGUUUUGGCCUUUAUUACAGUCACCUUUUAACUUAUUUUAGAAAGACACAUUGAGUUUAAACUUUACUUUAAUUUUUGUAGCUGUAGGUAAUAUAUUUGAAAUAUUUGAGCAUUACUCCAUUGAGGCAUUCAUAUAUGGUGCACUACAUCACCAUCCUCUAAUGAAGGGUUUGGUUAUUCCAGCUACACUCAUUUUUGGCAGACAUAUAAAAUCAAGUGUCAAGUCAAAUGGGGCGCAGCUAAGUUUUAUUUAUGGGUUUUUAAAGUAAAGUAAAAUGGUUUACUGGGUAUGGUGAGAGAGAACUUGACUGGCCUGACCUAGACCUCAUUAAACACAAUUGAAAUUAAUGGAAUGGUAACUGAGAGCCAUCCAUCAAUCAACCUGACCUUACAGGUUUAAAAUGAAAUGUUAAUCAACCACAAUCUACAUACUUUUGAUGAUUGAUGUGGUUCAGUUAUGCCGCUUUCUGGUGUUAUUUAAUUUGGACAAUUUUUUUUUACAAAUCUAUAUAUAUUUUUAAAGACUGUAAUUCAGAUUUUAUUAUAGACCAUUUUGCACAACACUCAGCCAGCAUUUCAAGUUUUAGUUUUUUAACAAUGCACAAACGAACAGAACAUUUAAAACUAUCAAAAUGUUAAUCUUUUUAGCUUUAUAUAUGUGAAAUAAAAAAGAAACCAAUUAAAGCGCUUCUGGACGAGUGCUGUUUACGUCAUGCAAAAUGGUCUAUAGAAGACAAUAUAUUUGAUAAUAUUACAAAAAGUUAUUAUUUCUAUUAUUCUGCAACUACGAAAGUGCAAAAUGUAUUUGGGAUAAUCUAUUUUUUACAGAGACAAUUUGAAUAAACUAUACCUAAUUAAUGAUUUGAUAAUGCAAUUAGUAUGCAAAUAAAAUAUUUUGAAUAGUGUUCAUAUUAAUAUAUUCUUAAACUUGUAAUUUCAAUCACAUUGACUUGUAGUAAAAUCAAAUCAUGAUUUUGGUAUAUUUUAUAUAUUUAAGUGUGUGCCUGUAUGUGUUAAAGAAAUUCCCACAAUGAUGCAUCCUCCAAUUCAAAUUUGAUGCUAUUUUUAGCAAAUGUGUUUUCCAUUUUAUAGACCCAGUUAGCCAAAAAUAGACAAAGCAACAUUUUCUUUCAAUUCUGAGACCAAAGACAGGAUGUAAGGUCUAUGAGGUAAUCAAUUUAGUAUUAUUGAUUGUAUAUUAUGCUGUGUAUGUUUCAUCCAAAUAUAGGAUAUAGUUCCUGUUUACAUUUGUAAUCCUAGACAUACAUAUAAAAAUAAAUAAUUUUAUUUUCCAUUA